AAAUAUAAAUAUAUUAUAAAUCUAUAAUACGACAUGAUAAUGGUAUGAUCUAUUUAUUGCUCCUUAUUUGAAGCUUAGUCUUUCUUAUGAAGGAUCGUGAAUAGUAGAACACUCCGUUUACGACACCUCCUCCUCUUUCUUCUUCGUAGUUGAUUUUCUGAAAACCAAAACAAUCGCAUCGCAUAAUGGGUAGCAAAGGACGCACGCUCAUGGAGGUUGGAUCUGACGGGGUUGCCAUCAUCACCAUCAUCAACCCUCCCGUCAAUUCUCUGUCCUUUGAUGUGUUGCGCAGUUUAAAGGAGAGUUUUGAUCAGGCUUUGCGGAGAGAUGAUGUCCAGGCAAUUGUUGUUACAGGUGCAAAGGGAAAAUUUUCUGGAGGUUUUGAUAUUAGUGCAUUUUCUGGUCUUCAAGAGGCAAAAGAGCGUCCAAUACCUGGUUUGAUAUCUGUAGAAAUCAUCACUGACACUAUAGAAGCUGCAAGGAAGCCAUCUGUUGCAGCCAUUGAUGGCCUUGCCUUGGGUGGGGGCUUAGAGGUUGCAAUGGCAUGCAAUGCUCGGUUAUCCACCCCAACUGCUCAACUAGGUUUGCCUGAACUUCAGCUUGGAAUAAUUCCUGGAUUUGGAGGAACACAGCGACUUCCUCGUCUUGUUGGUUUGACAAAGGCACUUGAGAUGAUGCUGACUUCAAAACCGGUUAAAGGGAAGGAAGCUUUUAGUUUGGGGCUCGUAGAUGGUUUGGUGUCACCUGAUGAGUUGGUGAACACUGCACGCCAAUGGGCCUUGGAUAUCUUGAGCCGCCGCCGACCAUGGAUUGCUAGUCUUUACAAGACUGACAAAAUAGAACCCCUUGGGGAAGCGAGAGAGAUUUUGAAAUUUGCACGUGCUCAGACUCAAAAACGGGCUCUUAAUCUUCAUCAUCCUUUGGUUUGCAUUGAUGUUAUUGAAGCGGGCAUAGUUGCUGGUCCCCGUGCUGGACUCUGGAAGGAAGCUGAAGCAUUUGAAGGGCUUGUACGGUCUGAUACUUGCAAGAGUUUAGUUCACAUUUUUUUUGCUCAAAGAGGAACAUCCAAGGUACCUGGAGUUACCGAUCGUGGUUUGAUUCCAAGACAUAUUAAGAAGGUUGCCAUCCUUGGUGGUGGACUAAUGGGCUCUGGAAUAGCAACAGCUUUAAUUCUUAGUAACUACCCUGUCAUCUUGAAAGAAGUAAAUGAGAAAUUCUUGGAUGCUGGUAUAAAUAGGAUUAAAGCAAAUUUACAGAGUCGUGUUAAGAAAGGUAGAAUGACUCAGGAAAAUUUCGAAAAGGCCUUCUCUCUUCUCCAAGGCACUCUUGACUAUGAAAGCUUCAGAGAUGUGGACUUGGUGAUAGAGGCUGUUAUUGAGAAUGUUUCCUUAAAGCAACAGAUCUUUGCUGAUCUUGAAAAGUAUUGUCCACCUCACUGUAUACUUGCAAGUAACACUUCCACAAUUGACUUGAAUCUGAUUGGAGAGAAGACCAAGUCUCGAGAUCGAAUUGUUGGAGCCCAUUUCUUCAGUCCUGCACAUGUUAUGCCACUUUUAGAAAUUGUACGUACCAAGCAGACCUCUCCCCAAGUGGUUGUUGACUUACUAGAUAUUUCAAGGAAGAUAAGGAAGACUCCAGUGGUGGUUGGAAACUGCACAGGAUUUGCCGUUAAUAGGAUGUUCUUCCCCUAUACACAAGCAGGUCUCUUGCUUGUGGAACGUGGAGCAGAUGUUUAUCAAAUUGAUAAAGUAAUAACCAAAUUUGGUAUGCCCAUGGGGCCUUUCAGAUUGGCUGAUCUCGUUGGCUUUGGCGUGGCGAUUGCUACUGGCAUGCAAUUUAUUGAAAAUUUUCCAGAGCGUACUUAUAAAUCAAUGCUUAUUCCACUUCUGCAAGAAGAUAAGCGAGCUGGUGAAACAACUCGCAAAGGGUUUUAUUUGUAUGAUGAUAAACGUAAGGCCAGUCCUGAUCCUGAAUUGAAGAACUAUAUUGAGAAGUCUAGGAACUUUUCUAAUGUCUCCGUUGAUCCUAAGCUUGUCAAAUUACAAGAAAAGGACAUCAUAGAGAUGAUAUUCUUUCCUGUGGUGAAUGAGGCUUGUCGGGUCCUUGAUGAAGGUAUUGCAGUCAAGGCAGCAGAUCUCGACAUUUCUUCUGUCAUGGGCAUGGGUUUUCCACCUUACAGGGGGGGUAUCAUAUUCUGGGCUGACUCUCUGGGAUCCAAAUACAUAUAUUCAAGAUUGGAGAAAUGGUCAGAGUUGUAUGGAGAAUUCUUCAAGCCAUGUGCCUACUUGGCUGCAAGAGCUGCCAAAGGAAUUCCUCUGAGUGCGUCUGUGGAGCAAUCGAAGUCCCGGUUGUAAGAAAUAAGUCGAUUAUAAUGUUUUACUUGAUUGAAUUUUCCCUUCCCCGUAUAUCUUCUUUCAAACGGUAGGAAUAUAGUUGUGACUUGAGAAAGAGCUAAGUAAUGUACCAUAUAAAAUACUUGGGUGUAGCAGAAUUAAAUUGUUUGAUCAAAAUAAAGGUAUUUUAACUUUAGGUAUAGCUGUUUCUUCUU